CAGGACCACAGGAUCCACUAGGAAGAGAGCCCAGGCUUUCAGAAGUCCCAGAAUUCCGCUUGAACAUCUAGCAAAAUGCCUAAAAGUGUUUCAAUAUCUAAACAACUGGCUUCAAUAAAAGCUUUGAAGAAAGGCUCAGACCUGGAAAAGGCCAUUGCUACUGUUGCUCUAAUUUUCAGAAACUCUUCUGACCCUGAUGGUAAACUUGGGAAAGCCACUGCCAAGAAUCUGCUACAAACCCAAUUUAGGAAUUUCACAGAGAGAGAAGAAAGCAAGCCAAAUUAUCAAGACAUCCUUUCCGAGCUUGAUGAACACACAGAAAAUAAGCUGGACUUCGAGGACUUCAUGAUCCUGCUCCUGAGUCUUGCCAUCGUAUCAGACAUGCUACAAAAUAUACUGAGUGUAAAAUUAUGAAAUAAAUAAUUUUAAAUAUAUGAAUGAACAAAAUGAUCACAAAAACAAGUGUCACAUAAAAGAUGUUCCUAUUUGAUUUGUGUUGAGUGUAGGGGUGGUUCAUAUUGGUGAUAUUCACUCAGUGUAACUCCAAACAAAUCGCACUCUUCAAAAUUGUUUCAAUAACAUGAUUAAAUUGGAUACUUCAGUUUUGGGGGGUGUAUUUAUUUUAUUUUAUUUUUAAAUUCUAUAUAUCAAUGCCAGCUCUUCCUCCUUCCCUUCACCCUGUUCUCCCCACCUUGCCCUCACCCCAGCCCCCAUCCAGUUCUCCCAUGUGGUGUCAACAAAGUGUGUCUCAUCACCAAGAUGAGGCCUGACCAAGGCUCCACCCCCUGUGUCUAUGCUGAGCAUGGUAUCUCUCUUUAGAAAAUAGGCUCCAAAGAGUCAGUUUAUAUACUAGGGAUUGAUGGAUACUACUUUUUUAUGAGUGAGUAAUGACUUAGAGAAUUUUUCUAUUGAAUGUGAAUCUCAUUUAUUCAUUGAUCAUUUGACGAUAUUUGUGGGCAUUUACUUGGUAACAUUGUUAAAAAUAAAGUAACAAAU